CUUUCUGUGCGGAAACCUCUCCCUUUUAUACCCCUUCUGACUCCAUUCUUUCCAUUUCUUCUCCAUACGGAGAUGACCAUUUUUACACCUUCUUUCAAUCGCUACUAAUCUGUACCCUCUUCCCCUGUUUCUUGGCCUUUUCGCUUUUCGAUUCUAUCCAGUUCUCCGUUUUUCCCUAUCCUUUUUCGCUUAUUUUCGGGGACCCUUUUCCCUAAUUUCACUAAUUUUUCACUUCCCCCCUCCAAUUUCGACCAAUUUUUGGUGGGUUAAUGGGGAUUGAGCGAUAUCUGGCUGAUCGCAAGGGGAAACAGUUUUGUGAAUUACGUAAAGAAACAACUACGAAUAACAAGUCGAGAAAGAACCGGCGGCGGACUAGGAAGUCCUCGCCGUUGCCGGUUCAGAAACUCUAUGAAACUUGUAAUGAAGUAUUUGCUUCUGGUGGGAUUGGAAUCGUUCCCCCUUUUGAGGAUAUUGAACGGGUACGAGAUGUUCUGGAUAAAAUGGAGCCAGUAGAUGUUGGGUUGUCGCCGGAGAUGCCGUAUUUUCGGACGACAGCCGGUCGACGAACUCCUCCUAUAACAUAUUUGCACCUUUAUGAGAGCAACAAAUUCUCUAUGGGAAUAUUUUGCUUGCCUCCUUCAGGUGUCAUUCCACUUCACAACCAUCCUGGAAUGACAGUCUUUAGCAAGCUUCUCUUUGGGACCAUGCACAUUAAGGCAUACGACUGGGUGGAUGGCGGCGCUGUGAAUGGCACGUCUACACGUGCCAACGUCUCGCGUGGCAGAGCUCCUUCAAGAAGUAUUCGGUUAGCGAAAGUCAAGGUAGACGCAGACUUCACGGCCCCAUGCGACUCGUCGAUUCUUUACCCUGCAGAUGGA